UAGUUUUCCUUUUUCCUUCUCUUAUAUAAAAGACGACAACACAAUAGCAGACAAAACAAAACAACAACGAGAGACACGUAAACGUGAGUGAUCAGAGUGGUGUCAAAACGGAGACGAGAUCAAUUCGAUUUUUCGAAAGUAAUCAAUCAGAAAAUGGAGGUUACUGUUUUUUCGGAGAAAGAAUUGGAAGCAGCGGAGCUGCUAGUGCAAUUGAGCGAAGAUGAUACGUUGAGCUGUAGCAGCGGUACAGGCUUGAUGAGCGUCAGCGGUUGUGAAAGCGAAGGCAACACGAAGACACACGACCAUGUUGUUAGUUCCGACAUUCGUGAGCAGCAUAACGACGCGGAUGUUGUACGUAUGAAGAUGAAUAAGAAUGCUAUGGACGGUCAAAGUUUUGUCAAGGCCAUCACGGAGACGAACAUGAUAAGGAGGAACUAUAAGAAGAAAAAGUUUCGAUCGCUUGCGAGUAUUUACAGGGCAACGAAGGAGAUGACUAGAUGA